AUGACCUCCCCCAAAACAUUCCUCGACGUCACUCGUCCCGGUCAUCGACGGUUUUGUAAACCGCCCGUUAAGGUGGCUUGUUUGUCUUGUCGAACACUACGAGUCCGCUGUGAUGGCCAAGAACGAUGCUCGAAUUGUAUCGCCAAGGAUACAGUUUGUUGCUAUUUGCCGAGUAAACGGGGAGGACCGAGGAAUUGUCAGAAUCGGAAACGAAAACGGUUGUCGACGCCGCCGACUACGGUUUCGGAUGUGAGGGAUGAGGAAUAUCAGGGUUUGAGGGGGAAUAAAUAUACUUCGAGUGUGGAGGGGCCCGUGUCGAGUGAGGAUGAGGAUGGCUGGAUGAACCAGUUGUUGAGUCUGGGGGCACCUGGUGCUGGGCUGCGCAGUAUUGAGAAUUCCGUUAUGGAGAUGGAGCAGAUCUUUGAUUCCAUUUUUACGGUUGAUGUUGAUGAGCAGCCCGUCUUGCCGGAAGUGACGGGGCCACCGCCGGAUCUGUUGCAGACUUAUGGAAGUAAUAAGGAUAUAUUGGAUGCCUAUUAUGCUUUUAUCCAUAUCUAUUAUCCUAUUCUGCCCCCUCCAGAACGCGUGCCGGUGCAUAAUCGUCCCUUGUCUGAAAAGUCGACGUUUCAACCUUCUAGCCCCUUGGGUCUUGCUAUAUCGGCUAUCCUGGCUCUGAUCCCGCAUCCUGAAGUGAAGCAACCCUCGCGAACGGAGUAUGUCAAGCUGCGCAGAGACCUUGCUCAUUCGUUUGCACAAGCUGCGCUGGAAGCCGUGGAGACGGACCUCGAGCUGCUCGAUUCAUCAUCGGAUCCGUCGAAAGCACUUUCUGAUGGCACACCUCAGUUCCAACGAGUUGGGUUUCACAGCAAGGUGCCAAUUUGUCUGGAAGCGGUUCUGGCAUUGGUACUGUUGAGUGUGUACGAGUAUGCGCAGAGAGGGAAUAUCAACAAAAUGUGCAAUCGUGCGGGACAAGCCCUGACGGCUGCGAUGAGUAUGUCGCUGCAUGAGAUGGUUGAUGAGGAUGAGUUUUCUGAAGCUCGUCGGAGGGCUUGGUGGAUUACGUAUUUGACCGUCUGCCAGGGAUCAAUUGUCAGCGGAAUGCCCCCCGCGAUCAAUCCGUAUGAUCCUCGCUUCGUCACACCGAUCCCCGAUGGAUGGAAACUUCUCAUCGAAGCCCAGCAAACAAUCCUCGAAGCCACUACGUUUGCCCACGACCUCGAUCUGACCACUAAAUCCCAAUUUAAUGCGUCGUGGGUGUCCCAGCGAAUGAUGGACCUUGACAACCAGAUAACGUGCUUGCUACAUCCGUGCAGAGGGUCUGGUCGUGUGAACAAAAUGCCCCCCAUUGCCACUCAGGACUCGCCGGAUGUGGUCGCCCUACACGCGAUCAACUACAUUGCGGAGAUCAAACUACACAGUGCGAGGAUUAAAACCCACCGAUUCUGCGCUUUCCAGGAUAUCCCCGUCUUCCGCAAGCGCCAUUGCGACCUGGUCGCGGCCGGGCCCAAGUGCUGUCGUGUUGGAGCUUCCAAAUCCGCUUCAUCCACACCCGACAGCUUCUUGUCAUCCAUGAUGUCCGAAUCUUCGACGAUAGACUUUCCGUUCUCCGCCCAUGCAUCUUCGAAGAUCUGCCUCCACGCCGCACUCAACAUUGUCAACCUCCUGGACAACCUGCCGUACCCGAAUCCGAUGAACGAGAUCCCGUUGACCCGUCCGCCCUAUCUGUCGCGAACCUCCCGGGUGGAGAUUCCCCGGACGAUGCCGACGUUCGCCUGUUGUGCCAUGCAAUCCAGCUACGCGAUGCUGAUGUUGUGCUUGAAGGCGCGGGCAAUGCACGAGCCUGUGGGAGACGAGUCGACGGCUUCGGGUCGGUCAUUGGGAGGAUUCUUGGACGAGUUGCGACAGAGUCUGCGGCUGGUGUCCAAGGCAUUAGGGAACUAUGCGAUAGCGUUUGAAGCGCUGGAUGGGAUGAGGGAAGAGAUAGCGCAGUCGGUUGAAUGGGCUUUUGAGCUGACGGCCGACGCUGUUGCGGAGCGAAAUGGCACCAAUCGCUGA